AAAUGAAUGUGUUUAAUUUGUUAUUUUAAACAUAUUAAAUGUAUUUUCGAUAUUCUAUAUUCUUUUUUGUUUUUUUUUCUCAAUUAAUUAUUAUUAGUCCUUAUACACUUGUUGGACGUAUUGGUCACACCGCAAGUUAUAUGGACAAUAAAAUUUAUUUUUUUGGUGGAAUGACAAAAAAAUAUCCUGCUGGUACCAAUGAUUUUUUUUAUUUAGACGUUUCAAUACCUUUUAAUUUGGAUUCUACUUUACUAAUAGUUGAUUUAAGUAACGAUGCUCGUCAAAUUUAUCCUCAUUAUAAUGGGGUAUCAACUAUUUGUGGUCCUAACAAAGAUACGAUCUUUCUAAUUUGUAGAGUUUCUAAAGAAAGUUUUUCUUAUAGAUUUAUUAAUAACAAAGAGUGGGUUCCGGGUACAGUAAUCAGUAAUGUUCAAUGGUCAUCAGCCGUCUGUAAUAAAAAUGGAUCAUAUAUAUAUAUAUAUGGUUACCCUGAUAAUGUUAAUAAAUAUAUGAUGACCAUUAGUAUAGAUACUACCCACUGGAAUACAGUAUCGUAUGAAUUUAAUAUAACAAAUUCUCUUGCUCCGGAGAUCUUAUUACCAGAUGGAAGAAUUGCUUAUAUCGGCGAAAGAAUAAAUGGUUUGUGGGUUAAUUUUCGGAAUAUUUAUAUAUAUGAUACCAAUGAUGGAACAUGGAGAAAUAUGAGUACAAGUGGAAUUGAACCAUCACUUAGAGCUUCACACACAGCGGUCUUAACACAAGAUGGUCUUAUUAUUAUUUAUGGAGGAAUAAACAAAAUGGGAUCCCCUGUUCCCGAUCAAAUAUCAGUUUUAGAUACCAAAGUAGACCCCUUUACAUGGUCCUUUCCUAAUAUCGAUCCUGCACCUAGCUCUGCACCAUUCAGUGAUCAUACGGCUACUCUUGUUGGAAAUUAUAUGAUUAUUGCAUUUGGACAUACUACUGACGAUGUUUUUAGUGAUCAGAUUCAUAUGAUUGAUGUGAGCGAAAAAAAUAAUUAUAAGUGGGUUAAAAGUUUUACUCCAAUUAUUACAAAAACAGCUAAAUCGGCAAUAAUAGGUGGAACAUCUGGUAGUAUUGCAACUACUCCAAAUAAUACAAAAAUAGCCUAUCCAGCUAAAUCACCUGGAGCAGAUCAUGCAGCAAUAAUAGGUGGAACAACUGGUGGUAUUGCAACUGUAAUAAUUAUUAUAUCUGUUAGUUACUUAUUAUAUUGUAGAAAGAAAACUCUUAUAUAUGCUCCCCAAGCUAAACAUGCAAUUAACUGUUAA